AUGACUUCGAUGAAUGAAAUCUUCGGCGCCUACGCUGCACGAAAAGCUGUGCUUGAAGCCAGCAGUAAUCCCUUUGCCAAGGGUAUCGCCUGGGUUGAAGGAGAGCUCGUUCCUUUCCAUCAGGCUCGCAUUCCUAUGAUGGACCAGGGAUUUCUGCAUGGCGAUCUCACCUAUGACGUGCCAUCAAUCUGGGAUGGGCGUUUCUUCCGUCUCGACGAUCAUAUUUCUCGGCUGGAUGCUAGUUGCGGCAAGAUGCGAAUGCAGCUUCCGCUGCCAAGGGAGGAAAUAAAGCGAAUCCUUGGACAAAUGGCCACCACGAGCGGAAUAAAAGACGCUUUUGUCGAGCUGAUCGUCACUCGGGGCCUCGUUGGCGUUCGUGGCUCUACGCCCGAACAGCUCACCCAGCAGAAUCUCUAUAUGUUCGUCCUGCCAUACUCCUGGGUUAUGGAGCCAGAGAUGCAAUAUGGAGGUGGUAGCGCCAUAAUUGCUCGCACUGUUCGGAGAACCCCCGUUGGCUGUUUCGACCCAACCAUCAAGAAUCUGCAAUGGGGCGACCUGACUCGCGGAAUGUUUGAAGCCUCGGACCGCGGCGCUACAUACCCUUUCCUCACUGAUGGAGAUGCAAAUCUCACGGAAGGCUCUGGAUUCAACAUCGUUCUCAUCAAGAACGGCGUUCUCUACACACCCGAGCGUGGAGUCCUCGAGGGUGUGACCCGCAAGAGUGUCUUCGAUGCGGCACGCGCCAAUGGCAUUGAGUUCCGUGUAGAAAUCGUGCCGGUUGAGUCGAUAUAUCACUGCGAUGAGCUUUUCAUGUGCACCACUGCUGGUGGUAUUAUGCCAAUCACCGUGCUAGAUGGAAAGCCUGUGAAUGAUGGCCAGGUUGGUCCCAUCACCAAGUGCAUCUGGGAUCAUUACUGGGCGAUGCAUUAUGAUUCGACCUACAGCUAUGCUCUUAACUACGAUAACUCCGAGAAGCCAUCAGACGCUGGGCGCCAACAGAGACUUUAA